UGCUAACUGCAUUUCGUUUUCUCUGUACUGUACACUGCACAAUGACAAUAAAGUUUGAAUCUGAAUCUGAAUCUGAGAAUAGAACUAGUGUACAGGGUGAUUGUUGGUCGGUGCGGACUUAGUGGGCCGAAGGGCCUGUUUCCACGCUAUAUCUCUAAACUAAACGAAAGAAGCGACCAGCAGGACCGUCACAGAUAUAUGGAUAGGAAAGGUUCAGAGGGCCUUGGGCCAAAUGCAGGUCCUGAUGCUAUCUUGAUCGGCAUGGACAAGUUGGGUGGAAGGACCUGUUUCUGUGCUCUAUAAUCAUGCUGAAAUGUUUCCUCACACCACGGCGUCUUUCUGCCCCGGUUGUAAACUCUUCAUUUUGCACCUUUCACUGCGGUGGUGACACCGGGUGUAGACCGCACACUUACUGCCUUGCAGCUUGUCUACACAUGCGCAGCUGGGAGGAGUCUUGCGGAAAACCAGCCUGGUUUAAUUUCAGCACAGAAAUGAUUGGUUUAUUUUGUCCUGCUGCAUCUGAAGUUGUUGCCGUCAAAGCUCCGAGCUCCGUGCUGUCUGCAAUUUCCUUCCACGGGGCGAAUAACAAAGUUGCAGUCCGAGGCACGUAAUCCGUGCGAGUCAGAACACGCUUGCACAGCCCUGAAUCCUCUCCGAUUCUUGGACUGAACGGCUGAAGCAUGUGGAGGCAGCUGAUUAGCACAUUCCAGGCUGCCUUCCAUAAAGGCAGAUUCUCCCAGCAAAGCAAUAUUGGAACGCAGUAAUCUAUCGGCUCCUGUAACACGAGGGAGAGGCUGCUGGAGAGACCCCACUGACAGGAAGAUGGCAGUGAGGGGCCGUCCACUGUACGAUCACAUCCAGCCUCAGAGCGAGCAGGGCGCGCUGCCCGUGGGGCCCCUCAGGAUUGAAGAUGAGGAGGAGGAGGAUCUGAACAAGACCUGGGGCGUUGAGCGGUUCGACGACCUGCUCCACGAUGCGUCCAGUCGGUGUGUGGAUGAAGUCCGGCGCACCUUCGACGAGGCAGACUUCGAGUACCACCGGCACUCGUCCCUCCACACUCACCACCCCCUGUCCACACACAUGCCCUCGGAGGGCCGCAGGAAGAAGGGGACGCAGAAGAAGAGCAAGAAGACCGCCUCGUCUCCGACGGGCGCACCCACCAUCGAUGAGGGGGACGAGGAUGAUGAUCACAGCGACGGCACGCAGGAGAAGAAGGAGCCCGCGGAGGGCGGCGUGCAGCCAGACGCCGCUGCCAAUGUCCAGUUCUUCAUGCCCGACGAGGAGUUGGAGAAUAACGCGGCGUCGCUGAGCCCCCCGGACCGAAGCCCGAAGCAGCAGGAUGUUCCUUCCCCCCUCUCCGAGCCCGGCAUCAUCCUCCCACACAGUCACCUCGGCAGGAGCAGCGAGCGGAUGGCCCUGAGGGCAGCGGCUGUCAGUGCCCCCAGCCUGCUGGAGGAGAACCGGGUGUUGCUGAAAACGCCGCUGACCCAUCGCAGUAGCUACGACCUGAAGGAGCGGCGGCGCAUCGGCAGCCAGACCAACGUAGACGAGGCCAAGUUCCAGAAGAUCCCGACUGACGAGCUGGAGGCGGAGAUGUUGGCCGUGGCCGAUCUAGACUACAUGAAGAGUCACCGUUUCGAGGAUGUCCCCGGGGUACGUCGGCACUUGGUCAGGAGGAGCAACAAGGGAACAGUCGUCCACGUCAGCAAGGACCAGUCCGAGCUCUACCCCAAGGCCAAGAAACCCGACCGGAAGCCACACGAGGUGUUCGUUGAACUGAACGAGCUGACGAUGGACAAGAACCAUGAGAUGCAGUGGAAGGAGACGGCCCGCUGGAUCAAGUUUGAGGAGGACGUGGAAGAGGAGACGGACCGGUGGGGAAAGCCGCACGUGGCCUCACUCAGCUUCCGAAGCUUGUUGGAGCUCAGGAAGACUUUAGCACACGGAACGGUGCUCUUGGACUUGGACCAGAGGACUUUGCCAGGAAUUGCACAUCAGGUGGUGGAACAGAUGAUCAUCUCGGACCAGAUCAAAGCUGAGGAUCGAGCAAACGUUCUCCGUGCACUGCUCCUCAAACACUGUCACCCCAACAAGGACAAGGACUUCUCGUUUUCCCGCAACAUCUCGACGGCCAGCCUGGGCUCGUUGAUGGCCCACCACCAAAGUCAGAACCACAUCGCCCCAAGCUCGGAGCCCUCCGUCACACAGCCGCUGAUGGGAGAGAGCACGGAUGCCGACGUCAAAGUCAUGGUGGACAGCAUCGAGAAAGAGUGCCCGCUGUCUGAGAUGACUAGAUCACGUUCAAAGCACGAACUCAAGCUGAUGGAGAAAAUCCCGUGCAAUGCAGAGGCCACUGUGGUGCUAGUAGGUUGCGUUGAGUUCCUGGAGCACCCGACCAUGGCCUAUGUUCGACUGCAGACAGCGGUGGAGCUGGAGUCGGUGUUGGAGGUUCCUGUCCCAGUCCGUUUCCUCUUCAUCCUGCUGGGACCAACCAACAGCAACAUGGACUACCACGAGAUUGGCCGCUCCAUCUCCACCCUCAUGUCGGACAAGAACUUCCACCGAGCAGCCUACCAGGCAGAUGACCGCAACGACCUGCUGAACGCCAUCAACGAGUUCCUGGACAGCAGCAUCGUGAUCCCGCCAUCCGACGUCCCCGGGGAGGAGCUGCUGCUCUCCGUCGCCCAGUUCCAGCGCAAGAUGUUGAAGAAGAGGCAGGCGAAAGAGGAGCAGGUGCUAUCCAAGGAAGUGAAGAGUCAGGAGGAGAGAGCUCUCCUGAAGCGCAAGAGGCUGGAUGAGGACGACCCUCUGAGGCGGACGGGGAAACCGUUUGGCGGGGUGAUUCGAGACGCUGCCCGCAGGUAUCCUCAGUACCUGAGUGAUUUCAAGGAUGCCCUGAACCCACAGUGCAUGGCUGCCAUCAUCUUCAUUUACUUUGCAGCCCUUUCCCCAGCCAUCACCUUCGGAGGGCUUCUCGGGGAGAAGACCAUGGGUUUGAUUGGCGUCUCGGAGCUGAUCAUUUCAACGGCCAUACAGAUGAUCAUCUUUGGUCUGCUGGGCGCCCAGCCACUGCUGAUUGUAGGGUUUUCCGGCCCAUUGCUUGUAUUUGAAGAAGCUUUCUUUAAGUUUUGCGACUCGAACGGAAUGGAAUACCUGACCGGACGAGUGUGGAUCGGGUUCUGGUUGAUCGCCAUCGUGUUGCUGAUCGUGGCCUUCGAAGGCUCCUUCCUCGUGCGGUUCAUCUCCCGCUUCACCCAAGAAAUCUUUGCUUUCCUCAUCUCAAUUAUAUUUAUUUAUGAAACAUUCUACAAGCUGGUAAAGAUUUUCAAGGAUCAUCCUCUCCGUGGCUGCUCCAACAGUACCCUGAAUGGAACCUUCCUCCCCCUCAUCCCGCCAAGCCCUAGCAACGAGACGACAGAGGGCGUGAGGCGGACGGGGGAGCCUAACACCGCGCUCCUGUCGCUGGUCCUCAUGGCUGGCACCUUCUUCAUCGCCUUCUUCCUGCGCAAGUUCAAGAACAGUCGCUUCUUCCCCGGGAGAGUUCGACGAGUGAUUGGGGACUUUGGUGUUCCCAUAGCGAUCCUCAUCAUGGUUCUGGUGGAUUAUUCCAUCCAGGAGACCUUCACCCAGAAACUGAGCGUUCCCACCGGUCUGUCCGUCACCUCGCCGGAGAAGCGCGGCUGGUUUAUUAAUCCUCUCGGGAAGAACGGUGAUUUUCCCAUCUGGAUGAUGUUUGCCAGCGUCAUUCCAGCCAUUCUGGUCUUCAUCCUCAUCUUCAUGGAGACCAUGAUCACAACUCUGAUCAUCAGCAAGAAGGAGCGGAUGUUGACCAAGGGCUCGGGCUUCCACCUGGACCUGCUGAUCAUCGUGGGCUCGGGAGGGGUGGCGGCCAUGUUUGGGCUGCCCUGGCUCGCCGCCGCCACCGUCCGUACCGUCACCCACGUCAACGCCCUCACCGUCAUGAGCAAGUCCGUGGCCCCCGGAGACAAGCCCAAGAUCGAAGAGGUGAAGGAGCAGCGGGUGACAGGGUUGGUGGUUGCCAUCAUGGUGGGCCUGUCCAUCGUGAUCGGGGACCUCCUGCGUAAGAUCCCGCUGGCUGUCCUCUUUGGGAUCUUCCUGUACAUGGGUGUGACGUCGCUGAAUGGCAUUGACCUGUACGAGCGGAUCCAGCUGCUGCUGAUGCCAUCCAAGCACCACCCUGACCAUAUGUAUGUGCGCAAGGUGAAGACACUGCGCAUGCAUUUGUACACCAUCGUCCAGGUCUUCUGCCUGGCCGUUCUCUGGGCCGUCAUGUCCACUGUGGCCUCGCUCGCUUUUCCCUUCGUGCUCAUCCUCACCGUUCCCGUGAAGAUGUUCGCACUCACCAGGAUCUUCACGGAUCGAGAGCUGAAAUGUCUGGAUGCAGAUGACGCACAGCCCACGUUCGAUGAGAAGGAGGGGCUGGAUGAAUAUGACGAACUCUCGAUGCCCGUGUGAAGCCACCAAACCCAACUCUGAUCCACACUGAAGCCGGGCAGGAAUGGAGGAGUCAGCCCACAUCUGUCCCGCGAAAAUCUGUCCUCUCAACAUCUGUCCAGUCAACAUCUGACCCGGCAACAGACGCUCAUUAACACCUGUCAAUGUCAACAUCUGUCCAGUCAGCAUCUGUUCCAUCAACAUCUGUCCCCAUCAACAGCAGUCCCGUCAACAUCUGCCAUCUGCCAUCUUUCAAUAUCACCACCUACCAGUAUCAACCUCUGCAGUGUCAACAUCUGUCUGUCCAACAUCUGUCUGCCAGUGCCACCAUGCCCACCUUGUUCAGUGCCAUACUAAUGUGCCAUGAUUGGUCCGAGGUCCACCAUGGCUCCCUCUCCCCAUGGGCGUUGAGGGUCCCGGUGGGGUGUGGACGGUGCCGGUGGGCCCACAGCUCACAAACCAGGGAAUCCUCCCCAGCUCACCGUGGCGCAGAUUGGCUCAUACCCAGGAACCCGGGGAGGAGUCACUGAGACACAGAGCCUACAGCUGCCCCAAAAGCUUCACUGUGGGAGGGGGGAGAUGUGUGGCAUGGGGACUCGCAGACCAAGCUGGGCCCAGGGAUGUCCCACACACUCCCUACUCUUCAACCUCCACCACCCCCUGUCCACUUCCCCCCCCAACCCCUUCCUCGUCAACUACUGCCCCCUCCCACCCAUCACACCCACUCCUUCCCCCAUCCACCUGCCUGUCACCCCUGCUCCACUCUGCCCUCUCACCUACCCCUUGACCCCUGCUACGACCUCACCUCACCAUUCCCCCAGCACCCCCCACCCCACUGCCUCCUCUAAAUCCACAUCACCCUCCUUCCCUCCCCCCCCCCCCCACCGCACACCCUCCCACAUGCCCCUCUAACCCCCACAUGCCCCUCUAACCCCCACAUGCCCCUCUAACUCCCACGUGCCCCUCUAACUCCCACAUGCCCCUGUAGCUCCCACAUGCCCCUCUAACCCCCACAUGCCCCUCUAACCCCCACAUGCCCCUCUGACCCCCACAUGCCCCUCUAACUCCCACAUGCCCCUCUAACCCCCACAUGCCCCUCUAACCCCCACAUGCCCCUCUAACUCCCACAUGCCCCUCUAACUCCCACAUGCCCCUCUAACCCCCACAUGCCCCUCUAACUCCCACAUGCCCCUGUAGCUCCCACAUGCCCCUCUAACUCCCACAUGCCCCUCUAACCCCCACAUGCCCCUCUAACUCCCACAUGCCCCUCUAAACUCCCACAUGCCCCUCUAACUCCCACAUGCCCCUCUAACUCCCACAUGCCACCAUUGCCAGGUGGCCAAGACCCAACUCUGUCCCCACACCAGGGUCCAGAAGCCCUUCCCCCCCCUCCCCCCCCCCCCAACUAUCGCCUCUGUGCCAUUCACCGCUGGGCUCGUCUUGGGGAAAUACUCCCCCUCCCAUCUCCAGGGAGCAGAGCUGCUGCUACUUGCCGUGAGGUCUCUGUUGUGGACAGUGUCAAGCCUCCUGGACAUGGGUGGGCCUGGACUGUGUUUGAGCUGCAUGUGUGGCUGCCUUCUACCUCCCUAGUCCAUGUAAUUCCAGCAGAGACGCGAGGAACUGCAGAUGCUGGAAUCUUAAGCAAAACACAAAGUGCUGGAGAAACACAGCGGGUCAGACAGCAUCCGUGGAGGGAAUAGACAGACUGCGUUUCAGGUCGGGACCCUCCACAUUGCACCGUACUCCCAGGACAGAAAUGGAGGCGAAGAGGAAGUCUUGGUCAGCGUAAAACGGGUCAAAAUUUGCCCGUCUGAUUUGUGAGGCUCAUUGAUUAGGAGUGGGCUGAGUUACCUGUUCCAGGGUGGGUGGAGGGGGAGAGAAACUGCCCCAGCGGGGUGUCUCCUCAUGGUCAGAGUCAACUCGGGCUGGGAGCAACCCGUCCAGAGGAAGCAAGAAUGUAAAUCCAAAUUCAGAACCAAACAUGUCCAGACAGCAGCUAGCUGUGUUAAAACGUCCACCAGUAGGUGUGAGCGUAGUUCCAGCCGUCUGACUCAACGGAUUCAUGGGCAGACCAUUCGCCUGCACGCAUUUGUACCGUGUCUCCCAGAGAACUACGUGUUCCGCUGACAAUCCGUCCCGACGUGGGGGUUCCAGUGACGGGUCAAACAUGGGCAAGCACUCGCCCCAAACCUCACCCCUGCCCCACACUCCCCUCCCCCCCACUCCCCUCCACCCUGCCCCCCCCACUACCCC